UUGGCUUCCUGUCCCCUCCCCCGUGUCCCCAACCCAGUGCCACCACCCCCGUGUCCCCAUCCUGUGUCCCCCGGGCUUUGCCGUCGCAUGGAGGACGAGAACGGCUACGUGGUCUUAGAGCGAGGGGACAAGCGGGGCUCUGCGGGGAGAUGCCCACCCCGGCAGGGUGCAGCAGCAGGAUCUGGCUAUCAAGGAUCCCAGAGGGUCCUCGCAGCAACCCCCUGCUGUCCCCGCCGUCUCCUCGUGGUCCUGACGGCCGCCCUGGCGCUGUCGCUCGUGCUCUGCCUGUCCUGGUGUGUGGCACAGUUGUUGCAGUCCAAGGAGACCGCAGGUUACGAGGACGCCUCGCUAGGAAUUGCCAGUUCGCACUGGGACGGCAUCCUCAGGGAGAUGCGGAGGGUCCUGUGCCCUCCUCGAGAGAGCGAGGGGUGCCGGCUGUGCGCCGUGGGCUGGAGGCUGCUCGGGGCCAAGUGCUACUGGAUUUCCGACGGGAUGAACCCUUGGAACAGGAGCCGGGAGGACUGCAGGGAUCGGGGAUCCGCGCUGCUGAUGCCCUGGGAUCAGGAUGAGCUGGAAUCCCUAAAUGAAAGCCUGCAGAAUCCCACCCGGCACUUCUGGAUCGGCCUCUCGGUGCCUGCGGCCGGGACGGGCUGGACGUGGGAGAACGGCUCCGACCUCAACCAGGAGUGGAUCCGCCUGGAGACCGGGAAGGGAUCCUGUGGAACGCUCAAGGGGAAUGGGAUCAGCCCUCAGGGCUGUGACACGAGGCUGCAGUGGAUCUGCCAGAAAGAAUCAAUCCAGAUCUGAGCCUCCGUUGCACCCCGAAACCAGCGUUAAUACAGGAAAAAUCUCAAUUCCCGCGGAUCCAGAAUCCCCCGGGGAUGGGCAGAGCUGCAGUCCGUGAAAGUCUCCCCGAGGCGGGAGAUGUAGGAGAGAAAUCGACCUAAAAAAAUCGAAUAAAACCUAAAAAUAA